AUGUUAGCCGGCUCUUUGGAGGUCUGUGGUGUAGAUGUAGUUAUUUUGUCUUAAAUGCAUAUACCCUUUGUCUUCUGGACUGAAAGAGUAUAGAACAUAUGUGGUGACAUAUUCAUUGAAUCAAGGAAAUGUCAAUACCUUCCUUACGAUAAGUUUCCAUUGAAAUUUUGCCUUGAGUGAGCAAUAGUUUUGUUACGUGGAGUUCUGAUUGCAUUCAAUUCGUAGGAAUAUAAUAUUACAUCCAAUAGCUUAGGGAGACAUUUCGAGUUCUGCAUGGCUGAUCUGUGGUGGUUAUAAUUAAACACUGCCAGCAGUCAGGAUAGAAGGCAAAACACAAACAUUUAGCACUUGCAUAGCCAACAUGGGGAUGUGAUUCUGGAAUAAAUAAAAACAGAUUCAAAAUUGAAUCCCCUCUACAUUACUGGUCCCGUGUAGCUCAGUUGGUAGAGCAUGGCGCUUGUAGCGCCAGGGUUGUGGGUUCGAUUCCCACGGGGGGCCAGUAUGAAAAAAUGUAUGCACUCACUAACUGUAAGUCGCUCUGGAUAAGAGCGUCUGCUAAAUGACUAAAAUGUAAAUGUAAAAUGAGAUCACCUCUUCACACAUCAACAUUUGCUAUUCAUGGGUUGCACGUUUGUCACAAUAAACUUUAUUUUGAAGACUGAUGCCCGACUGAGCGUUCUAUUCAAUGCAGAUAUUUCAAAAGGAGGAAAAUAAUUUAGUAUGAAAACCUUUUGUCAUCAUUGUGAUGUCACCAGAUUGUCUGUAGAUGCAGUAUAACUUUAGCUAGCUAACGUUAGCAUUGCUAGCUAUAUUUGACAAACUUUGCCAUCUCUCUAAAGUACAUUUGACCAUAUCAUAAUGAUGGCAAAGUUGUUUCCAAUUAAUGGUUUGCAUACUUUAGCAAUGUCAUCGUAUUUCCAGGCCACUAUAGCUAACUAGUGUAAUUAGCCCCACUUGACUUUCAGGCACCACUAUGGCUGAGGCUAAAUAUAAAUGCUGAAGCUAGCUAAAUACAUUGCAUGGGCCGAAAUUGACUUAUGAAGAUAGAAUUUGUCAACAUAAUUACACCACAGACUGCAUAGCGAAUUCAUGUGGCGCUUAGCAAGGUAGGCUAGCUAGCUCGGCUAGCUUUCUACAAUGUGUCAAAACGUGUCAAAAAUCUAUAACCUAAUGCUCAUCGUGUAAAAAUAUAUAGCCUAACGCUUUGCUGGAACAUAGUACGAUUAACGUUAGAUGACCAGCUCGAUAUCUACACUUGAGUAUACCAAACAUUAGGAACACCUUCCUAAUAUUGAGUUGCACUCCCCCCCAAUGCUUCCCACAGUUGUGUCAAGUUGGCUGUCCUUUUGGGUGGUGGACCAUUCUUGAUACACACAGGAAAUUGUUGAGCGUGAAAAACCUAGCAGCGUUGCAGUUCUUGACACAAACUGGUGCGCCUGGCACCUACUACCAUACCCCGUUCAAAGGCACUUAAAUAUUUUCUUGUACAUUUACCCUCUGAUUGGUACACAUACACAAUCCAUGUCUCAAUUGUCUCAAGGUUUAAACAUCCUUCUUUAACCUGUCUCCUCCCCUUCAUCUACACUGAUUGAAGUGGAUUUAAAAAGUGACAUCAAUAAGGGAUCAUAGCUUUCACCUGGAUUCACCUGGUCAGUCUAUGUCAUGGAAAGAGCAGGUGUUCUUAAUGUUUUGUAUACUCAGUGUAUAAGGUAUGAUUUUAUAACAGCGAGGAAUAGCUAGUAAAUGUUGCUAAGCUAACAUUAGUUUUGAGGUUUGUCUUACCAGGUUUGAGUGCACUGUUACGGUCCAUCAGUUCCCGACCGAAGUUCCACUCCAUCCGAUCACCCUGGUCUUUCCACAACCUUCAUCCAACUCCCUUCUGGAUGACCAAACUUAUUUUUUUAGCAGAUAAUUGCUGUCUGGGGCGGCAGGUAGCCUAGCGGUUAAAAGUGUUGGGCCAGUAACCGAAAGGUUGCUGGUUCGAAUCCCAGAUCCAACUAGGUGGAAAAUCUGUCGACGUGCCCUUGAGCAAGGCGAUUAACCCUAAUUGCUUUGCUAAAUGACUCAAAUGUAAAUGUCUGUCUGCUGUUGACAGCAUAGUCCUUGGUUCAGCUUGUUGGCCAUGACUGUCUUGGUCUGGGGUCCUGGGAGAAGCAAGUGGCCACGCCUCUAACGUGAGAGCACGCAGGCCACGUUUUCCUGGCAAAUCAUACUGUAAUUCCAGCAGCUGCCAGAAAGGCAACACUGGGGUCUAAAGAUAUCAUGUAAUCUUGAAAGCAUUUUAUUCUCUAAUCCUUGCCACUUUAUUAUGGCCAUUUAGAGCUAUUUGAAUGAACAGUACUUAAAUAUUGUACCUUUAAAGGGAAUGUCUUGGGUACAAAUACAUGCCCAUGCAGGCAAAGGAAUGUUCACACACACUCACACACUCCUUUGCGUAGUAACCCUGUGCACUUCCAACCCAAUAAACAGAUGUUUCCCAUGAUUCUAACCAUAGCUUGGACCCAGAGGGGUUGUGAUAACUUUAUGCCUUUUCAUAACUUCAUAACUGAUUUAGCUAACCCUUAAUCAUCAGAGGAAACUGUUUCUGGGCCAGUUGUUAAAGGGAUACUUCAGGAUUUUGGCAAUGAAGAUGAACUCAUGGAUACAAUUUUUACAAUAUGUCUCUGCAUCCAGUAUGAAGGAAGUUAGUUAGUUUCGCGAGCCAAUGCUAACUAGCGUUAAGGCAAUGACUGGAAGUCUAAGGUAACCUCCAUUGAUUUACAGUCAUUGUGGUAUAAAUUAUACCAUUGACUUCCAGUCAUUGCGCUAACGCUAGUUAGCAGUUGCGCUAACGCUAGUUAGUAACUUCAAACUGCAAACAGAGACAUUAAAAUUGUAUCCACGAGUUCAUCUGUCUUUGGCUCUUCAUUGCCAAAAUCCUGAAGGAUCCCUUUAAGGGCGGCAUACUGUUUGUACAGCUUCAUUGACAUCUCACCACACAAUCAAUACGCCACAAAUUAAAACUAUGAUUGGCAAACAUUCUUAGUCCAUUUUCUCAAAAUAACAAAACGACAACGGUGACCCCACGACCACCAAUCAACUGCUCUGAUCAAUUUAACUCCAGCUCAUCUAAAUUGGAUUUGCCUGUUUUAACUGUGAAGUCCAUAGACAGAGGGCCAGGGGAUAUCCAUUUCAACCUAAUCCCCUACCUUUCAUUGUCUCCCCACAGUACUUUGUCCUGCUGCUGUGUAUCUUCCUGCUGGAGAUCCUCGCCGGUGUCCUGGCCUACAUCUAUUACCAGCAGGUAAUGAAUGACUUGAUUCACCACCUGAUUCCACCGCCAGUAACAUUAUCUAUACCCAGAGCCUGCCCAGAGACAGAAGAGUGUAUGUUUGUAAAAACUGAAACCACAACAAGGGAAGGUUCACGGAUAAUGCACCAGUCUCUCUCUUUCUCAAUCUGUUGCUUUUCUCUCUCUCUUGUUGUAGCAUUUCUGUAUUGUGAUGAUAUCACUAAGAUGUGAUUCCCACUACUAUCCUUGUCACUAGUAUAUACCCCUGCUGUGUAGAUGUUAGACCUGCAGGAAUGUUAUCCUACCAGCUUGGUGUGUGUCAUUUGAACUCUCUCUGUGUAAUUGUCUGCUUAUGUUCCUUUGACCUUUCACCCUGUUUUCAUCUCACUGCUGCAGUGUUUCCCACGCUGUGAACAGGUCAAAUAAAAACCUAUUAUAUUUCUCUCUCUUCCUCCCCCCUCUCCCUCUCUCGUUCAUUUAUUCCCUUUAUCUCUCCUUUACGUUCUGACUUGGCUCUACGUUCUGUGGUUGCCAUAGAAACUGUGGACCAGCUAGAUGUAGGCCUAUGCUCUUACCCGAGUUUUGCACUACUGUUAUAAAUGAAUGAAAAUGUACAUCCUCUUACCUUUAUGUAUAUCAUUUCCCCGCUUCAAAAUAUUAUUGGGUCAAGAGGAGUUCCUUCUGUAAUUACAGUUUUAGCUAUUCUAGACCUUUGAUACAGUGGAUCGUUCUAUUCUAUGAAAUCGACAAUGAGAUGCAUUACAUUCCUUCAAGUAUUAUUUUACUGAUAGAAGAUUCACAGUCUUCAUUGGUGAGCUUAUGUCUGCUUCUCCCACUACCUUAUUCUCAAUUUACAUGCUUCCACUUAGUCCUAUUAAGAAAGAAAAUAUCGCUUUUGUUCCUGCUUAGUGCUAACAUACCUGAUUUAAGUAAUCAACGAGGUGUGUUAGAGUUAGGUUAGAACAAAAGCCUGCACUCAAAUAUCAUAGUUUCCCCUUCCUUGGUACUGUAUAUGCUUCUGUUUCUAACGUCUGGUGGGUAGCUGUGAUGUAGUCUGACCAAGGUCAUGUUUACCGUUCUCUCAUAUCCCCUGUGUCCUGUCUUCCUCUGCAGCUCAAUGAGGAGCUGAAACAGAACCUGCGGGAGACAAUGGUGCAGAAGUACAGGCAGUCAGAGCAGGAGCAUAUCACCAAAGCAGUGGACAAGCUGCAGCAGGAGGUAAGAGAAGGCACCAUAAGCAGACUUGAGGAGUUUGGUUAGAGGUUUUUGUAAAUAUUAAUUUGGGAAUUUGUUGAUUUUCUCCAAUGUGCAUUAAUAAUCAGCUUGUUUAUGUUUACGUUCAUUGUGUCUACUGUUAUUUACACUGUCACAGGUAUGUGUUUUCAUUAUGCUUGGUUACAGUAUGUUAUAGCCCUUCAUGUAACUCGUCAUUAUGAAACUUGUGAUUUGAAAGAUAGCCCAUUGUUUUGUAUAAAGAUUUUGUUCAUGAACUGAAUAUCAUUCAGCUCGUCAUCUGAAACAACUGCAAGACAAUUGGAAAAACAUCCACCACCCUGUCUGGGAAAUGCCCUCUCCUCCUCUCCCUCUCCCGCCAGUUUAAGUGCUGUGGCAGCAACAGCUCGUCGGACUGGGGCGAGAGCGUGUGGAUCCACACCAGUGAGGCAGAUGGCAGGCUGGUGCCGGACAGCUGCUGUAAGACCCAGACGCUGGGCUGCGGCCGUAGGGACCACCCAUCAAACAUCUACAAGGUGGAGGUGAGUGUCAGAUACAGAGAGCAGCCGGUGUUGUUGCGUGUUAGUGUGCUUGCAAUUCCUAGUGCAAAUAAUGCUUGAGUUCAGGUUUGUGUAUCAAGAUCAUAGCUGCGGGAUGUAGUUUGGGGGUUGGGAAUGUAUUGAGUAAGCAUUCUAAAUGUAACGAGUACUUUUGGGUGUCAGGGAAAAUGUAUGGAGUAAAAAUUACAUUGUUUUCUUUAGGAAUGUAGUGGAGUAAAAGUAAAAUUUUUCAAAAUAUAAAUAGUAAAGUAAAGUACAGAUACCCACAAAAAAUAGUACACCACUGUAAUCUGAUAAUACUUGUGGAAUAUAAAAAUACUUGCCUGAUAUAUGUUUUCCAGUUUCUUUAAAUACUUUGCAAAUGCAACUUAUUUCUAUUUGUAAACUGAAAUGGUCUAUUCAUUCCUUUUACAUUUUAGUAGAUGCUCUCAUCCAGAGCAAUUUACAGUAGUGAGUGCAUACAUUUUCAUACUUUUUCGUACUGGCCCCCGUGGGAAUCGAACCCACAAUCCUAGGGUUUCAAGCACCAUGCUCUACCAACUGAGCCAUAUCACAUCACAUCAUCACAAACCACUUGAUGUCUCAAUGUACUCAAUUAUUGUGCAUUGUUUUUCUUCAUGGUGAUGGAAGGUCUACAGGUACCAAACCUAGAUGACCAGAUGACUGCUCAAAAACAUAAAGGGAACACUUAAACAACACAAUGUAACUCCAAGUCAAUCACACUUCUGUGAAAUCAAACUGUCCACUUAGGAAGCAACACUGAUUGACAAUAAAUUUCACAUGCUGUUGUGCAAAUGGAAUAGACAACAGGUGGAAAUGAUAGGCAAUUAGCAAGACACCCCCAAUAAAGAAGUGGUUCUGCAGGUGGUGACCACAGACCACUUCUCAGUUCCUAUGCUUCCUGGCUGAUAUUUUGGUCUCUUUUGAAUGCUGGCGGUGCUUUCACUCUAGUGGUAGCAUGAGACGGAGUCUACAACCCACACAAGUGGCUCAGAUAGUGCAGCUCAUCCAGGAUGGCACAUCAAUGCGAGCUGUGGCAAGAAGGUUUGCUGUGUCUGUCAACGUAGUGUCCAGAGCAUGGAGGCGCUACCAGGAGACAGGCCAGUACAUCAGGAGACGUGGAGGAGGCCAUAGGAGGGCAACAACCCAGCAGCAGGACCGCUACCUCCGCCUUUGUGCAAGGAGGAGCAGGAGGAGCACUGCCAGAGCCCUGCAAAAUGACCUCCAGCAGGCCACAAAUGUGCAUGUCUGCUCAAACGGUCAGAAACAGACUCCAUGAGGGUGGUAUGAGGGCCCGACGUCCACAGGUGGGGGUUGUGCUUACAGCCCAACACCGUGCAGGACGUUUGGCAUUUGCCAGAGAACACCAAGAUUGGCAAAUUCGCCACUGGCGCCCUGUGCUCUUCACAGAUGAAAGCAGGUUCACACUGAGCACGUGACAGAGUCUGGAGACGCCGUGGAGAACGUUCUUCUGCCUGCAACAUCCUCCAGCAUGACCGGUUUGGCGGUGGAUCAGUCAUGGUGUGGGGUGGCAUUUCUUUGGGGGGCCGCACAGCCCUCCAUGUGCUCGCCAGAGGUAGCCUGACUGCCAUUAGGUACCGAGAUGAGAUCCUCAGACCCCUUGUGAGACCAUAUGCUGGUGCGGUUGGCCCUGGGUUCCUCCUAAUGCAAGACAAUGCUAGACCUCAUGUGGCUGGAGUGUGUCAGCAGUUCCUGCAAGGCAUUGAUGCUAUGGACCACCAGUUCCCCAGACCUGAAUCCAAUUGAGCACAUCUGGGACAUCAUGUCUCGCUCCAUCCACCAACAGACUGUCCAGGAGUUGGCGAAUGCUUUAGUCCAGGUCUGGGAGGAGAUCCCUCAGGAGACCAUCCGCCACCUCAUCAGGAGCAUGCCCAGGCGUUGUAGGGAGGUCAUACAGGCACGUGGAGGCCACACACACUACUGAGCCUCAUUUUGACUUGUUUUAAGGACAUUACAUCAAAGUUGGAUCAGCCUGUAGUGUGGUUUUCCACUUUAAUUUUGAGGGUGACUCCAAAUCCAGACCUCAAUGGGUUGAUACAUUUGAUUUCCAUUGAUAAUUGUUGUGUUAUUUUGUUGUCAGCACAUUCAACUAUGUAAUGAAAAAAGUAUUUAAUAGGAUUAUUUCAUUCAUUCAGAUCUAGGAUGUGUUAUUUUAGUGUUCCCUUUAUUUUUUUGAGCAGUGUACAAUACAGUAAUGUACAUUUACAUUAAGUGGUUUGUAAGGAUGGUAAAUUAAUACUGCACAAAACGUGGUUGUUUUCCAUGUUAUUUGAUGAAGAAAAAUAUUGUUUUGAUGUGGAUGUUUUGUGUCUUUGGCCAUAACUUUGCACCUUUUGAUGUAAACGUUUGAGGACAGGGCUUUGUUCUUUCUGGAUUCCAUUAGAAUGACAAUUGCAGAGAAAGAGACAGGGCAACAACUAUUACAAUUCCAACUAUUGAAUCCUGCAAGAUACUGUUCUUAAUUAUACCUACCUUUUUUGACAAAGCGGAGAUGCUGAAAAUAACAUUUUGCCUGCGCUACAGACGUCUGUAUCGGUCCGCUAAUACUAGUAAAGGCCCAGUGCAGUACUUGAGUAAAACAAAUAUAUAUAUUCUAUUUUAUUUUUUUCGGGGGGUUUUUCAUUCCGAUUUUUCAGCACCCUUAGCUCCACUACUUCCCGCAGCUAUGAUCAAUUUUGAAAGUCACCUUGAACGUCACACACACACACAAUGUGGUCCUACCUUUCCUCUCAAGGGGGGUUGUAUCACUAAACUGGAGAACUUCAUUUUGGACCACCUGAAGAUCAUUGGAGCAGUGGGCGUGGGCAUCGCCUGUGUACAGGUGAGCAAAAAGAAGCCAUUUCACUGUUUACAGCACAGAGAUAACCCAAGAUGGCCACCAUCAACAUAA